GUCGCAAGUUCGAUCCUUGCAUCGUUCAAAGCUUUUGCUUCUUCAUUCCAUGCCCUAAGUGAUUGGGCUUUUUUUUGGUUCUUUUGCUCCAAUUCCUUUUAUUUUUACAACAGUCUUGCGAUCAUCUGACAUUGGAACCUUUAACCGAAUCGCCGACCACAGGUGCCUCUAUUCUAUUGCGUCUUUAAGCUCAUCCUUCCGCAUGUUUUGACACGCGUUCCACUCCCUAAAUUCCACACAAGCGUCUCCCCCACCUUCCAUUUGAAGUCCUCUUCAACCACGCCGCCAUGGACUUCAAUGGUUCGUCGCCGUUUCCUGAGGGGGUCAUCUCCUUCCUGGACACUGACCUCUACAAGUUGACUAUGCAAUGCGCAGUCUUGAAGUAUUUUGCAGAUGUGAAGGUGACCUAUGCUUUCAAGAACAGGACUCCUGACAAGAAGCUUUCUAGAGCUGCUUUUCGGUGGCUCCAGAUCCAAAUCAAUAAGCUCGGAAACAUAGCCCUUUCGCUUGAAGAACUCCGCUUUCUACAGUCAACCUGUACCUACCUCAACAAGGAAUACCUCGAUUUCCUCAAGGACUUCAGACUCAACCCUCGCGAGCAAGUCACAGCCUCGUUCACCGCGAAAGACGACACAGGCAGCGACGAAGAUAUUGGCGAAGUCAAUCUUGUUGUGAAGGGAUCCUGGGUCGAGACAAUCCUCUACGAGAUUCCACUGCUGGCUCUGACAAGCGAGGCAUACUUCCGGUUCAUUGACAAGGAUUGGAUAUACGAUGGCCAGGAGGAGCAGGCUUAUGCUAAAGGCAUGCGCCUGCUAGAAGCUGGCUGUAUCGUUUCGGAGUUUGGAACCAGACGGAGGAGAGAUUACCAUACUCAAGCACUUGUAUUCCGAGGUUUGGUCAAGGCGAAGAAGGAGGGGGUGAAGAAUGGCCUACCGGGCGAGAUCUCUGGCACGAGUAAUGUCCAUCUUGCUAUGAGGUUUGGCAUUCCUCCCAUCGGAACAGUUGCACACGAAUGGUUCAUGGGAGUAGCAGCAAUUACUGGUAACUAUGAGACCGCGACCAAGACCGCGUUGAGCUACUGGGUGGGAUGUUUCGGGGAGGGCGUUCUCGGCAUAGCUUUGACUGAUACCUUCGGCACACCCAUCUUCUUGAAAGCAUUCAGAGAACCAAUUCCUCCUAUCACUCCAACACAUCAAACGAGUUUGUCUGACGGCGUGGUGGAGUCUGAGACCUCAGCCCACGGAUCGGGGAAAACAAAAACAUUUGCCGAGGUCUUUACGGGUGUUCGACAAGACUCCGGAGACCCUGCAAACUUCGUCAAGAUUAUGCGAGAGUUCUACGCCAAGGAGGGCAUCAAGGAACCGAAGACGAUUGUCUUCUCCGACUCCCUCAACAUAGAUCUUUGUCUAGAGUACAAGAAGAUUGCUGAGGAGGCCGGCUUCAAGUGCACAUUCGGUGUCGGAACCUUUUUCACCAACGAUUUUGUCCAUCAAAGCACUGGUCACAAGUCUACCCCUCUCAAUAUUGUUAUCAAAUUGAGCUCGGCAGCGGGCAACCAAGCCAUCAAGAUCAGUGAUAAUAUUGGCAAAAAUACGGGCGACAUGGCCACGGUUGAGAAAGUCAAGAAGGUACUGGGCUAUGAAGAGAAGGUUUGGAAAUUGGGUGAUGAAGAGCACCGAUGGGAGACGGAUGAUGAUCAAGUCAAAUAGGUCGAUCCCUAUCGUUGAGCUUCUUGGUGGCUUUUGUGUGUACUUGGUUGUGCAUCGGUCUGCGUGGUUGGUUUGCAUGGAACGGCGUUGGGAUAGGGGGGACAACCUCGGUCAUUCACAUGUCCCAGCAACGGCCCUAGAAUUUAGAGCUCGAUUUGACUUGAUGGUCGUCGGUGCCAAGAAGCAAUUAAUCAAUGACAGGAAUUUUUAUUCGAGUCGUCAACACUGAAUGGGUACUGUAUCAAAGUGAC